AUGGAAGAGAUCAGGCCACCAGACCUUGCCACACUAGAUGAUGACGAAGAUGCCAUGAGAGUCAGUGGUCUGGAAAAUGCCCUGAAGUGCUGCAAGAAGAUCAAUGACCUUUGCUGCUCCACGAGGGUUAACUCAUGUGAUCAGAACUUGAAUCGCUGCUGUGAACUUAUUGAACUGACCUCAAAAGUUCAAGGAGAAUUAUUCGCCAUUCUCAGUCUCACAGCAAGUGAAGGUGGUGUUUAUUCUGGUGUUGAUACUAUCAAAUCUCGCUUCCUCCCCUGGCUUGGGUCCAGCUUUACUGUCCUUACGUCGGGAGUGACGUCUGACACCAGCCUUACUCUCAUGAAGGAAUCUGCUGAAAAGGAUCAGAAACUGAGGGAACAAGCAACAGUCCAUGAAAAAGAAAUGAUAGAAUUGGAGACUGAAUUAAAUACAACACGUCGCCAACUUGGGACUAUCAAACAGGAGUUAGCAGAAGUUCAUAUGGAGCUGGAUGAUACUCAGAACAAAUCUGCUGCAACAUUCCUAGCAACAGAGGAUGAAAUAAUCCAACUGAGGGCUGAGUUAAGAGCAGUUCGAGACCAAGUGAGAUUUUAUAAACAAAAGGUGGAUGUACUGGAUGACUAUGAGCGACAGAUCAGACAACUAAAAGAUGAAGUUGCCUUCCUAUCUGCAGAGAAAUCCUUGCUGCAGGAAAGAAUCUCAGGACGUCGUUCUCCCAUCUGUUUUUCCUCUCUGACCAGUCACUCACCUACCAGUAGCAAACUGACUAGUGCCUCUCGUCAUGCUCGACUGGUUUCCCGCUUCAAUGAUCUUUAUGCCAAUGAACGUCUGAAUGCACAAAAUCUCCUCAGACGUUAUAUUGAUGAUCUAGAGAUGGUGCAAAAAAUAAUAUUCAUUGCCACAACAGAGGCAUUCCAAGCAGCCAAAAUGGCCUUCCGACAAUUCAAAUUGCGGGUACGGAAAACACUUUCUCCUUCUCACCAUGGACCAGAGUCAUUGGAUGAAGCUGUGAUGGAUUAUAUCAUUCGUAACCAGGAUCUCUAUGAUGUUCAGUCCAGCAUUAAUGAUGUGAUCCGUAGCAUGAGCAUCAAUCCAAAGAUUUCCUUUCCAUCUGAGGUUGACUUCAUAUUGAUCAACAGUUUUAUCCGUGACGUGUGUCGUGUAGCUUUUGCCAUGCAGACGCUGGAGCCUCCACUUGAUGUUGCCUUCACAACAGAUGGUGAACUCUUCAAUGAGAAAAAGUAUCGUCGCAGCUAUGACUCAGAUUUCACUGCUCCGCUUGUGGUUUAUCACAUCUGGCCAGCCUUGAUGGAAAAUGACACAGUCAUUGCUAAGGGAGAAGCAUUCACGAAAAGAGGAGCUCUGUGGUCACCAAGUAAAAGCCGAAGCAGAGGUUCCAGUCCAACCCGCUCUCGUUCCACCAGUCCAGCCCGUGCACUGUCUUCUCGAAGCCGUAGUCCUUCCCCCAUCAGACGAAGCAUUAGUCCAAGUAAGUGA